AUGGCAAAAAGUGCAGUACAGACUCGUAAAACUUCAAGUGUAGCUCUUUUUGGUACAGAAAAAGACAUUGAUUCAGCUAAUGCUAUAACGCUUCCUACUUAUGCAGAUGUUAUUCGCUGUUGUCAAAGCGUGAGAUUAAAGCAAAAAUAUGAAGGUAUCAAACAGCCUUCUAAAUUUUGUAUAGCUGCAGUCGUCGCUGAAAAGUCGAUGAAAGAAAACAUAAGAGAACUAGCAGUAAGACGGAUUUUAAAAGCUAGAAAUAACAAACCAGAAGGUGUUCGAGUUUUUAGAAUGCCGAGCUUAAACUUUGAGGCUCUAGACUAUAUUGAUUUAAUUAAAUGGGCAGAAUGUACAAUUACAGAACCUCCUUUAACGACUGGACUAACACAUGGAGAACUAGAAAGAUUCAUAAGCAAAGCAAACGAAUUCUCCACAAGGUUUGGCAAAUUUCCAUGUCACACACAAGCAGUAGAAAGGUGCGUAAAGCUUGUAACAGAAGCUGCAUUAAAAGUUUGCAAUGAGGAAGCAAGACAUGGUUAUAUAGUAGCAAAAUUAGAUGCGAGGAAAUCUUUACCAGCGUAUGACAACAAGGGUCAAUAUUAUAAAUAA